UAAGCUUCAUUUCUCUCUACAUGAUGAUGAUGAUGAACAGAAUAGGGGAAGGUGCAUCUUUCAGUGCUCAUCACUGGAGAAGCUGAAGACAGUCUUCAUCAUUGUGGGGGGGUGAGAGGUUGAGCUGCAGUGUGUUUAUAGCUUUGACACUCAGCAGCUGGCAGGACUUAUCUGAUCAUGCUAAUGAGACGUGGUUUCAGAGUGUGGUGGUUUAAGAGUAGAGUCUAUGGUGAGAAAAUUAAGCAACUUAGUUGAAGUUUCUCACGCCGACUACAGAACACAAGCAGAACUCAGCUCCAGAAGCAGGACUUUAAUUCAGCUCCAGAAGCAGAACUUUAACUCAGCUUCAGAAGUAGAACUUUAACUCAGCUCCAGAAGCAGAACUUUAAUUCAGCUCCAGAAGCAGAAGUUUAAUUCAGCUCCAGAAGCAGAAGUUUAGUUAUUGAGGUCUGUCUCUGGUUAAACGUCUUGCAGAGGGAAGGACUGAUUCUGCGACAACAGGAAGAACACUUCACAGCUUCUGUAGAAGGUCAGCAAAACUUUAACCACGCACUGUUCUACAGUAAAAACUGUGAAACUCCUCCCAAACUCUGCAUUCGCUCUCUGGGUUCAGAAGAGGAGCGUCGCUUAAUGAAGGUGUAUAAAGUGAUGAUGUCACUCAGAAUGUCUCUGACUGUUCCUCUGCUGUUCCUGAUCUUCAUCUCAGGAGUUGGAGCUCAGUAUGGGUGGGGUGUGACUUACAGACCUGAAUCUAUCUGUGCUCUAAAGGGGUCUACAGUGAUCAUGGGCUGCACUUACUCAUAUCCAGAGGGUCACAUAGUCAAAACAGCUUUCUGGACAAAAUCCCUCCCACCAGCUAAAGGUAUAGAACCUCCUGAUCUGUUAAAUGAUACAGAGUACAGAGACAGGGUUCAGUACCUCAGAGAUAAACAUAACGACUGCAGACUCAGCCUGAGAGAUGUGAGAGAAAACGAUCAGAGUAAAUACUACUUCAGAUUUAUAACAGAUAAAGAAGGAGGAAAGUAUACGGGUACAGAUGGAGUUAAUCUUUCAGUAACAGGUAAGCUCCAUCAGCAGAAAUAACACACUGUACU